CUCGCAGCAAGAUUGAUUUUGUGGGGAGGGGAUUGAUCCAACCAAGGCUACUUGGAGAGAGAUCAGAUAGAUAGAUACCCAUUCCAAUUCCAUUCUUCUUAUCUCACCUCCGAGCUAAUUAAGGUUAAGUCCAAGUCCAAGUCCAUGGCUUCAGCCUCACUCCUCAAGUCAUCACCAGUCCUCGACAAGCCUGACUUCGUCAAGGGGCAACCCCUCCUCCGCCUGCAGCCGGCAGUGUUGGCCGUCCGCUCCCACCCGGUUUCCUCCUCUCCCCUCUCCAUCCGUGCCAGCUCCUACGCCGACGAACUCGUCAAGACUGCGAAAACAGUUGCAUCCCCUGGGCGUGGAAUCCUGGCAAUGGAUGAAUCGAACGCCACCUGUGGGAAGCGUCUAGCUUCCAUUGGACUAGAAAACACCGAGGCGAACCGUCAAGCCUACAGGACCCUCCUCGUUACAGCUCCAGGGCUCGGUCAAUACAUCUCCGGUGCCAUCCUCUUUGAGGAAACACUCUACCAGUCCACUGUAGAUGGACGCAAGAUUGUGGAUGUCCUUGUUGAGCAGGGAAUUGUUCCUGGAAUUAAAGUUGACAAAGGUCUUGUCCCCUUGGCUGGCUCUAACAACGAGUCUUGGUGCCAAGGUCUUGAUGGAUUGGCUUCCCGAUCUGCUUCUUACUACCAACAGGGUGCCCGCUUUGCUAAGUGGCGUACUAUAGUGAGCAUCCCAAAUGGUCCAUCUGCCCUUGCAGUGAAGGAAGCAGCAUGGGGUCUUGCUAGAUAUGCGGCAAUUUCACAGGACAAUGGAUUGGUCCCCAUUGUUGAGCCUGAGAUCCUCCUGGACGGUGAGCAUGGAAUUGAGAGGACAUUUGAGGUUGCUCAGAAAGUGUGGGCAGAGGUUUUCUUCUACCUUGCAGAGAACAAUGUCCUGUUUGAAGGUAUUUUGUUGAAGCCUAGCAUGGUCACUCCUGGAGCUGAGUGCAAGGAUAAGGUUGCGCCCGAAGUGGUUGCCAGCUAUACUCUGAACCUCCUCAAAAGAAGAAUCCCUCCGGCUGUUCCUGGAAUCAUGUUUUUGUCGGGUGGACAAUCUGAGGUUGAAGCCACUCUCAACCUGAAUGCAAUGAACCAGGCACCCAACCCAUGGCACGUCUCAUUUUCUUAUGCACGUGCACUCCAGAACACCUGCCUCAAGACAUGGGGCGGAAGGCCGGAGAAUGUUAAGGCAGCACAGGAUGCUUUGCUUCUUAGAGCUAAGGCUAACUCACUAGCUCAGCUCGGGAAAUACACUGGCGAGGGUGAGUCGGAGGAGGCCAAGGAAGGAAUGUUUGUCAAGGGAUACAGCUACUAAGUCUAAGAAUAAUGGAUGAUGAUGAUGAUGAUGUAAACACAUAUGAACCAAGCAAGGCCAGGCCACUCUGCUCUUAUCUGUUGUAGAAUUAUUAAUUAUUGAUAUUUGUUUGUCUUA